CUUUCAAUUUGCGACCUGGACCUUGGCAGUUUUCACGGCAGCAUGAGAUGCACACGUUUUUGUGUGGAGCGACAGGCGAUACCUCGAGCAUCGCAAUGGUGCGCGGGCACCUGGCCCAGGCGCUGCAGGACGCAGCUCUCGCUUGACCCCUCUAGUCCAUUUCAACCACUUUGAAUUUUGUUCGCACAACAUGCUCCUGGCGAUCAGUUAAUUAUGACUUCCACGGUGCUCGCUCCAGUCAAAAUGGCUGUCGUGUCGCUGGGUUCCUUGGUGUUCGAUUUUGAGGUUGCCGGCUCUGUGGACACGCGCGUUUCGUUCGGUGGCCAAACUGCCGCGUCGGCCCUGCAUCCACUCCUGGAGCACCUGGCCAGGGAGAAGGAAAAGCUCCAGUUUAUCGCCACGCCGGCCUCGCUGUUCGAGGGCAAGCUACUGCGGGAUGUGCGCUACUUUCUCAAGGAGGAGAGCGACACGGACGUUAUCUUGCUGGCCACAAAGCUCUCGGCCGUCGGCUACAGCGUCAACGUGCGCACUGCACUCGGCGGCGGCGGAACAGCGGGGUGCUUUCGGAACCUGCGUCAUGAGUUCCUGACGGUGCGAGGGCGCGGUGUGGGCGAGGAGGCUGCGGAGUUCAUCGUGGAGCCCCGAUUUCGCGAGCACUUCUACAUCCCCCACCCCACCGACGAGUACACGGAGAUGCUCGCGGCUGCCCCGGACGUGUUCGUGGGCACCAGCGCCCGCCUGGUGCCCAUUGUGCAGCUGCUGUGUGCGCUGAUGGCGAGCAGCUUCGAGCGGCAGGGCCUGACGCUGCCGCCCUGGCGCCGCACUGGCUCCAUGCUCUCCAAAUGGCUCCCGAACCGCUCCCGCGACACGCCGGCCGGAGGCGGCGGACCCUUCGCGCGCGCCUCGGCGCCGCCGGCGGCGCACGUGCGCGAGGAGCAAAAGCCCCGGGCACAGGUGCCGCCGCAGCCGCAACAACAACAGCAGCAACAGCGAGCGCUUCCGCUGGCGGCGGCCUCGGGUGCGGGUGGCGGCGGUGGUAGCGCGGCGCUACAGGUACCCGCGGCGCAGCUGGCGGCUGUGGGCGGCACCGGCGGCACGGGUGUGUCGAAGCCGUCUCAACAAUACCAACACCAACAGCAGCCGCAGCAUGCGGCAGCGACGAUUGCUCAGGCGACGGUCCGCGGCGUGAGGUCCGGCACUGGCGGCGUGGGCGUGGGCCGCGCUACCUCCCUCUCCUUCUCCCGCAUCAGCGACCCCCUGUCCGUGCAGCACUGGCCCCAGGACCACGCACAGCAGCAGCAGCAGCAGCAGCAGCACCAGCACCAGCACCAGCAGGCGCACGGAGCCAUCGCCGCCGCGGCCAGCGGCCGCAGCCCGAUGGGCUCCGGCGUGCUGCCGUCAGCGCCCGGCACGCCUGUGGCCGCGCUGGCGCCCCAUGCGCACCCGCACCAGCACCAGCAGCAGACGCAGACGCAGCCGCCCCAAGCGCUGGAGCGGGCGGCGGCGGCUGCAACCGACGCGGCACAGCUUAUGCUGAGCCCCUUCACGCGCACCAGCACGGGGCACGGUGACAGCCCCGGCGGCCCGCAGGGCGUCAAUGGGCCUGCGGCGGCGGGUGACGUGUGCCACCGCGGCGGGCGAGUGCGGCAGGAUUCCACGUACGACCCGUUUGGGUUCGUGCCGUUCGGCGGCCGGAACAUGUACGGCAGCCCCAAGGUCUCGGACGAGAGCGGCAUGUCUCCCCCCGCCCCACCCUUCGCCUACCCAUAUGGUGGGCUGCGGCAGCAGCCGCAGCCGCAGCAGACCGCUGUGGCAGCGGCCGCACCCACUCCUCUGCCACUACCGGUGCCCGCGCUGCAGUCGACGGCGUCGGUGUCGGCUCAGGAGCUGCCGCCAGCCUGCCGGCGGGCGCCCAGCGGCCUGCUGGCGGCGCGGCUGCAGCAGACCAGCCCCCACGGCGGCGCGGCACAGCCGGGAGCGGCUGCGGCGGCGUCAGGCGGCGCGAGCGGCGCGGCUGUAGCAGCUACAGCCGUCGUCGCGAUGGAAACCCGGCCGCCGGCCCACUGGGGCGACGUGCCCAUCCACAAGGUCCGCAUGGGCCACGCAGCUGCUACCGCCGCCCCGGCGGGCGCGGCAGCGCCACUCUUAGCAGCGACGCCCAUCGCCGCGUCGGUGACGUCGACUGUUGCUGCCGUCGCGCCAUUGGCACCGGGCGGUGGAGGGCCUGCGUGUGUGGGCACGACUGCGACUGUGUCUACCGGCAAGCAGUAGCAUGGGACCAUAUGGUCGCUGGUGCAUUGUCGCGGUCAUUGUCACGGUCGUUGUCACGGCGCUCUAUUCUUGCCCGCAUAAUAGCAUGGGCACUUCCUUUGGUGGCCUGUGCCCAUGCUCAGUAUGCGGUUUAUGUGCACGCCAUGCAUCAGCCGGCACAGCAUGAUACACAGCUGCAUGCAUUCCCUGCGUGUGGUGGUGCGCAUCGCGAAGAGGGGUGGGCGGGUGGGGCUGCCAUAAUCUCAACUUUCGUCAAGAGUGGGUGUAGAGUUCAUCGGGUUAUAUGUUCUUAGUCAUUUUGUAGGCGUUUGAUACCCCGCUUCUGGCUCUGUGUUGGCGUGUGCCGGGGCCAUCCCAGCAGCCCCACAGCCAACACCGCCAAUUUUGUCGUUCAAUGGGGGUCGGCAGUUUUCUUCCACUUCACCCUUCAUCCUUGCAGUACGGUAAAAUUGGCGGCAUGUUCCCGGACGUUCUAGUUAAGAGGACAACAUUGCUUAGCCACUGAGUGUGUUUUCGACACUUCAGCAGCCAGUAUACAUACACAAAGAAACUAAAAAAUCUAAAAGCGGCAUGUGAGUGCUGGAGAAAGGCACGCAGCCGUGCAUCAGGAUGCGCACAUUUGCUAGGCUGUCAGGGGAUGAGGGCGAAAAUGAGGAGGCGCUUGUUUUGUCGGGACCAGUCAGCAUGCAGAGACGAAGCGGCGCCGCAGCCGGACGCUAUUUGAAUGGAUUGCGAGACGCGCGGAGGGGCUUGCGGGGCGGGUCAGGAAAGUGGCGGCGAGGGCGGCAGGCCCCAAUCGUGUGUGGAUAACACAGUUGCAGAUUCGGAUGAGAGGUCGGGUGUUGAAAGGGCCUGUAGGAGGCAGUCGCAGAUUGGGCCAGGUGUAAACAUGGCUAGCGACGGAGUGGUGGUGGUACGUCAUGUGCAUAUCACGAAGCUGAGCGUGCGUCCUUGUUGUGGUUGGGUUGCUGUCAGGUGCUCAAGUUAGGUAGGAAGUGGCAUUGCGGCGUGUAGGCCUGUCAGGUGGUGUAGUCAGGAAGUGUGUACUGUGCGAGAACGCGAGCUAGGGAUGCAAACAUUGGCGGGAUCUCUGAUUGACUUCGUAUAUUCGGGCGGUGCAGACCGGCCCGCGGUAGGUGUCCCAAUGUGAGGCGCACCAAGGUCAACGGAACACAGGAGAGAGCUUGGUGCGCUGUGCAUUAGAGACGACGCAUGAGACGGAGCACGAAAUGCGGCAAGAGCAGGCGGGCGCAGGCACUCGUGCACCCCAUGUCGGGCACAUGUGCAGAGUUUUAAGAUCCUGCAAAUCGAACCUGUCAUGAUGCCAACCCGUUACACUGGUGCAAGCCGCGAGACCGAGCUCCUCCCGCCCCCGUUUUGAAAGUUUCCGCGAGGAAGACAGAAUUGAAGCGU